GCGCCUAUCGUCCUCCGAGGGCCGACAGCGUUUCCGCACCGGACAGUUGAUGCGGGAGCACGGGGUCGACGGGCGCCUGCGCAGAGGGGCUCGGCGGCGGUGAAGGGCAGUGGCGAUGGACCCUACGCUGAGCAGAGAGACCGGGCCGGAGGCGGGGCUCGACGACGGGGACCCCGCGGCAAAGCAGCUGCUGCUGUGUGCGGAGUUCAGCGCCGUCGCCAGCUGCGAGGAUGCGGUGGCGCGGCGCUACUUGGCCGAGAACGCCUGGGAGAUGGAAAGGGCGCUGAACGCCUACUUCGAGCCGCAGGCGGAGGAGGGCGCCGUCCCGCGCCGCCCCGAGACCCCGCCCGCGUCCUGUGUUGACUUAACCAAUGAGGAAACAACGGAUCUCAUUAGUUCUAAAAGGGGCACACCUGGAAAUCUUCAGCAAGAAGAUGGCAGCAUGUUCUCUUUCAUUACCUGGAAUAUCGAUGGAUUGGAUAUAAAUAACCUGCAAGAGAGGGCUCGAGGGGUGUGUUCCUCUCUAGCUCAGUACAGCCCAGAUGUGAUAUUUCUACAGGAAGUUAUUCCCCCAUAUUAUAGCUUCCUAAAGAAGAGAGCAAGCAGUUACGAGAUUAUUACAGGGCAUAAUGAAGGAUAUUACACGGCCAUAAUGUUGAAGAAAUCAAGAGUGAAAUUCAAAAGCCAAGAGAUUAUUCCUUUUCCAAAUACAAAAAUGAUGAGAAACCUUUUGUGUGUGCACGCGAGUGUGUCGGGAAAUGAACUUUGCCUCAUGACUUCCCAUUUGGAGAGCACCAGAGGGCAUGCUGAGGAACGAAUGAAUCAGUUUAAAGUGGUUUUAAAGAAAAUGCAAGAGGCGCCAGAGUCAGCCACCGUUAUAUUUGCGGGAGAUACAAAUUUAAGGGAUCAAGAAGUGACCAAAUGUGGUGGUUUACCCUGCAACAUUUCAGAUGUCUGGGAGUUUUUGGGCAAACCUAAGCAUUGCCAGUAUACUUGGGAUACACAGAUGAACUCUAACCUUGGAAUACGUGCUACCUGUAAGCAUCGUUUUGAUCGAAUAUUUUUCAGAGCAGCAGCACAAGGUGGCCAUAUCAUUCCCCAAAGUUUGGAUCUCCUUGGGUUGGAAAAACUGGACUGUGGUAGAUUUCCUAGUGAUCACUGGGGUCUUCUGUGCACUUUAGAUGUAAUAUUGUGAGAUGCUUUUCAAAUACAAAUCUUAGAUGUUCUGAGUAACUUUGUGCUAGAGAUUUGCAAAUAUAAUUUCUACCUAUCUGGAAAGUCAGGUUUAAUAUGGAAGAAUUAAUAUACUGGACCAUUAGAAGAGAAGAAAAUACUGUGAUUUUAUUUUGUGAAUUGUGUA